CGGGUGUCGGGCGUGUCACCGGCUGAUCCGGACGCGCCGCGCGCGCCUCGCGUUGCCUUACGACAGGCUGCGCCAGCGUGCUCCUUCCCUCUCCUCCACCACCACCUUCGCCAUCUCUCAACAAGCUCGCCUCUUCCUAUUUGUCUUUCUUUCUCCACUUCACUCUCCGCAUCAUGACGUCCGGCCAGUGGGUGUGGCAGGAGUACCCGGCGCGCGGCGGCUUCUGGGUCUGGGACGCUGCGUGCCAGCGGCCGCUCUGGGCGCCCACGCCCGUGCCUACUCAGCCCGGCCCGCACGGCGAGUGGGGCUGGCAGCUCGCGGCGCCUCAGAGCCGCAAGCCGCAGGCUCAGCAGCAGCAUGCGGCAGCUGCAGUGCCGCCUGCCACGUCUCGCGUGCCCGUCGGCCUGCCGCCCGGCAUCGUGCUCGGCGGUGCGGCACAGCAGCUGCGUGCGCCAGCCGCACCCAUGCAGCCGCAGGGCGGUUCUGCGGCGACUGGAGCCACGCUGGCCGAGGCGAUCGACCUGGAAGCGGAGCAAAUCAAGGCCAAGGCGCAGCGCAAGGCUGAGAAGAAAGCUGCUGCCAAGAAACGCAAGGCCGGAGAUCGUGCGGCAGAGCAGCGUGCGGUGGAGCUGCGUGCGGUAGAAGCGCGUGCCGCCGAACUGCGCGCGCAGAGCGAGCGUUGGGCGGCCGAGAAGCGUGCUACGCAGCAGCGUGCCGCAGACCAGCUAGCUGUCCAUGCCGAGCGCAAGGCCGCGGCGCAACGUGCCAGAGAGAUGAAGCGCGAGACCGAGGACGACCAGAUGCGCACCGACGAGCAGUUCGCCGCUCUCGCUGCUGAGGGCAACGAGCUGCCGAUCGUCGAGGAGCCCGCCGCUCCCGCUGCUGCUCCUGCUGCCGUCGCGAUGGCCGCCGUCGCUCAGCCGCGGUCGCUUCGGCUGCAGUCGUCCCGGCAGUUCUUGCCCGUGCGGCGUCGGCUCCGGCUCUCAUUGCUCCCGCUGCGGAUGCUCCUGCUGUUGGCGUGCUUGCUAUGGGUGCUCCUGCUGCGGGAGCUCCUGCUGCGGAGGCCUCUGCUGUGGUCGCGCCGGCUGCUGAGGCUCCGGCUACGCAUGCUCCAGCCGCGCGUCUUCCCGAUCCCGACUUUGCUGUGUUCCGUUUGCCUCGCCGUGCUCCCGUCGCCGGCCCUCCUCCUCCUGCCGCCGAUGUUCCUGCGCCUCGGACUCCUCCUGCCGCGCCGGCUGUCGUGCAGCGUGAAGCAGCCGACAAGGGCGAAGGCUCGUCGCGCGGCGUCAAGCGCGAGCGCUCGUCGAGCAUCGAGUGGCUCAGCACCACGUCGAACAAGAAGACUGCCGAGCGUGCCCGUGCGCUCGCCGUCGUGAUCAAGCCGGAGCUGCUGUGGCUGGUCACUCUCGCACGGAGCCGGCGUGCUCCACAUCAAGUCUUCGUCGUCCUCAAGUCUCGUCCUCCUCCAGUCUCGUCGUCCUCAAGUCUCUGAGCCUCCG